ACGUGUUCAAAGGGAGCACACUUGCAUGUGUCUCCUGUUGACAAGGCAGCUUCUCCUGGUAGUUUGCAGAAUGUUCAAAAGGCACAAGUCUCUUGCUUCAGAACGCAGGAGAGAGUUGAUUUCUUCAAGAGCUACACGGUCCAUACUGAAGGAUGACUUAAGAAAUUUUCAUUUUUUGUCACAAUUUAUAAUCUCAGCAGGCCCUCUAAAAUCAACGUCAGCAGUUAAACAUUCAAAAACUACUCACUUUGAGAUUGAAAUACUUGAUGCUCAAACCAAAAAGCAGAUAUGUAUUGUGGACAAGGUGACACAAAAGUCUACCAUUCAUGAUGUUAAGCAGAAAUUUCACAAAGCAUGUCCACAGUGGUAUCCUUCUCGAGUAGGCCUGCAGCUAGAACGUGGUGGGCCCUUUCUGAAGGACAACUUAACCAUUCAAAGUGUUGCAGCUUCAUCUAUUGUCACACUCUAUUUUACAGACCUAGGUCAACAAGUCAGUUGGACUACAUAUAGUGACUCUGGGAUCCAUCUUGGUUAUUGCAUGUAUAUCAAUACUUAUGCUUCUUUUUAUUGGCUUCUCAGGAGUCAGGUAUUUUUGGCUGAAUACACAGGACCUCUGCUAAUAUAUCUCCUCUUUUAUUUGAGGAUCCCGUAUAUAUAUAACAUGAAAGAGAGCUCUAGAAGAUUAUGUCACCCAGUGGUACACUUGGCCUGCUUCUGUCAUUGUAUACACUAUAUCCGAUACCUUUUGGAAACCUUAUUUGUUCACAAGGUUUCUUCAGGACAUACAUCUUUGAAAAAUUUGCUAACGAGUUGUGCCUUUUAUUGGGGAUUCACUUCUUGGAUCGCCUACUACAUUAAUCAUCCACGGUAUACACCACCAUCAUUUGGAUACAGGCAAGUCGCAGUAUCUGCUAUAAAUUUUUUGAUUUGUGAAGCUGGAAAUCAUUUCAUCAAUGUAGUGUUGGCUCAUCCCAAUCACACAGGAAAUAAUGCCUGUUUUCCAAGUCCAAAUUAUAACCCCUUUACAUGGAUGUUUUUCCUGGUUUCAUGUCCUAACUACACCUAUGAGAUUGGAUCAUGGAUUAGUUUCACAAUCAUGACUCAAACAUUGCCAGUUGGGAUUUUUACACUUCUGAUGAGUAUCCAGAUGUCUCUGUGGGCAAAAAAGAAACAUAAGAUUUAUCUGAAGAAAUUCAAUUCUUAUAUGCAUAGGAAAUCAGCAAUGAUUCCAUUCAUACUGUAAGAAAAAUAAGUGAUCUUAUCUCAUGUACAGAAAAGCAGUAUAAUAACUCACUAAAUGAAAUUUGACCAAGGAUAAUUGUCUAUUCUGUUCCAUAAAUUCACAAACAAUAGUAUUUUGGCUUGAGUAAAAAUAUAUAAGAGCAAAAUUUAGCUGAAUUUAGAGUAAUAAACUUGAGGCAAAUGAAAAUUGAAAUUAUAGAUAUCGCUAAUUGAAAAUAGCAUCCAGUAUGUUUGCAAGGGACUGAUACUUGAAUGAGAUGUUCUUACUUCAUUAAAUCUUUCAUAACACUAUUGGCUUAAGACAAUUUAAAAUAUUUGAAUUCUAUAAAGUGAAUAUUGCAAUAUUUCAAACACUUGAAUUUUACAUAUUAUUUUGAGAGUGAUUUUUUUUUCUUUUUGUUCAAUAUGUUAUUGAGAAAUUUCAGAUGUCUUGAAACUAUUAUGUCAGUAGUUCAAUUUUACCUAUAUUAAAAGUUAAAUAUUUGUAAUAUGCCAUGCAUCUUGGUUAUUCAUAAUAUACAUUGUAUAUCAUUUUGGAAAUGCAACAUUCAAGAUAUAUUCUAGACAUUACUCAUUAAACAUUUGAAUAUACUAUACUGAAAUAUAUAUAUUUACAUUUACAUAUAUAUCAUGUUUAUAUGUGAAUAUAGAAAUAGAUAUAUUUCAAAUGGACAAUAUGUGAUGAUGAGGAAAGUGUGCAUUAGAAUGUUGAGAUUAAGAGUGGAAAUAUAUUUUCCUUUAUUUCCACAUUUUUAAAUUUCUAUGUCUUCUCAAAUCCAGUGUAGUAAGUAUAAGAUUGUGUGUGUAAAUAUGGAAAUAUACUUUGACAAAGAGAUGAAUUAUAUUAUAAAAAUUAAAUACAUAUUAGUUAAAAGUUUAAAGGAAAUUUUUAUUCAUAUUUAAAUUGGGUCUUUUUAAUCUGCUUAAUAUCUAGAGUCUUACCAGUUAUUGGAUAUAAAUGUAUCUAAAUAGAUGGAUAGGUAGACAUACAUAUAUCAAAAUAUCAUUAUUAAAGCUCUUAGAUAUUUAGAUAUUUGACAAAAUGUCUUUGGUAAAGGUAGGUCUAAAUGCAUUUUGUAGGUGUUUCUUAUUAAGAUAUGUGAUCAACUAUUCAAGAAAUAACAAAAUUCUCUAUUCAAAAGCUUUACCACU